AUGUCGACUGCCUCAACCAAGGACACAACAUCAGCUUCCACCACCGCCUCAACCGAGGCCUCCACGAUUGUGUCAACAUCGGCUUCAACCUCUGCCAGUACCACCGGUGCAGAGGGUACUAUCACCCAGACGACAACGGCCACUACCACUGUGAGCACUGCUGCCUCAAGCCAACCGACAACAACCACCGCAUCGACCACUCAGACGACUGCGUCAACAUCGGCAACCACCACUCAAUCAACUACUGCUACAUCCCCUGGUACCACCACAGUGACAACCACUGCCAGUACCACUGGUCCUGCCUCUACCAUCACUCAAACAACCACUGUCAGCACCACAAUGUCCACGAUUGCUCCCGCCACUUCAACGACGGCAUCUACCACUCAGACCAUCGCCUCCACCACUCAGAUCACCACUGCUACCACAACUGCCACUGCUGAGGGUACCACCUCAGCGUCGACAACAGCCACUACAACUGGAGCUGAAGGUACGAUCACUGCCACAACAACUGUUACGACAACUGCCUCAACAACUUCAACACCAACGCCACCUCCAACUCCACCUCCAACUCCAACUCCAACACCACCUCCAACCUAUUCGGUCAAUGGAUUUGCUUUCUUAGAUUCAAACAAGAAUGGCAUCUUCGAGGCUGGUGAGGCGUACUUGGAUGGAAUCACAGUUGAGUUGACCAAUGAAGCAGGUUCAGUUCUUGGAUCCGGCCCCACUGAUGCCUCCAAAGCAAGAAAUGGCUACUCAUUCACUGGUCUCGUUGCUGGAAAGUACUGUCUCAAGAUGACACCGCCCUAUGCCGGAGGAUAUCUGAAUGGUCCAACUGGAACAGACAACAAUUUCGACCCAACGACUUGCAAAUAUUGUUUCGACCUCAAUGAGAAUACUGUGGACGCCUCUAAGAACCUAGCUCUGCCCUCUGGUUUUGUUGCUAGCGCCAACAAGUUCGUAGUACUUGGAUAUGCUUGGAAUGAUCUAAACAGCAAUGGUGCGGAUAACUCUGGAGAGCCAUACCUUGGUGGAAUGGCUGUAACUUUGACCGACAAGGAUGGAAAACAGCUGGCCACCUCCACGACCGACGCUUCACUCAAGACCAGUGGCUACAAAUUUGAAAACCUGGAUGAGGGCGACUACUGCCUCAUGAUCACUGAUCCUAACUCCAUCUAUUCCAACGGCCCAGCUGGUACCUCAAACAAGUUUGACACUGAUGGCAAAUAUUGUUUCAAUCUUGGACCCUCCACUGUCAACGCCAAUAAGGAACUCGUCGCCCCAGCCGGAUUCACCGCCGCCAACCCCCUGCCCAAGUACACUUUGUACGGUUACGCCUGGAAUGAUCUCAACAGCAAUGGAGAGGACAACUCUGGUGAGCCAUACCUUGGAGGCAUGCAAGGCAUCCUCUACAGCAAGAAUAAGGACGACUCCCUCACAGAGGUGAAGAAGUUUACCACGAGUGCUGCCGGUGGCGCUGACAAUGGCUUCAGGAUCCCUGACCUUGACAAUGGUGCCUACUGUAUCAAGAUGAGCGACCCCAGUGAUGUCUACUCCAACGGCCCUACUGGGGUCACUAACAAAUUCGACUUGACUGGACAGUACUGCUUCUCUCUUGAUGACACCACCACCAACGUCAAGAAGGAGAUGAAGGUUGCAGCUGGAUUCAACAUACCCAAGUACAAUGUCGUAGGAUACGCUUGGAUCGACUCUAACAGCAAUGGUCAAGACAACGGUGGUGAACCAUGGCUUGGUGGCAUCACGUUCACCUUGCUCAAACUUGACAAGGCCUCCAAUACCUACAAGCAAAUUUCCUCUCAGGUCUCGGACGCGUCCAAGGCCGAUGAUUCUAUCACAUUCCCCAACCUCGAUAAAGGAUCUUACUGUGUCAAGGUCACUAAUCCGAGUGGAAACUACAAGAAUGGACCAAAGGGAGGCUCAAACAAUUUCAACUCCACCGGAUACGAAUGCUUCGAUUUCGAUCCCACCACUGGCUCCUCACCCUCCAAGGUCGUCAAGGGUGGAUUUAUUCCAGACCCAGCCAAGACUCAACCCAAGUACAAGGCCACCUUGCUCAAAUUGGUCAAGGGCCCAAGUACCCAGCCAACCUACUCUGAAGUCGGAACCCAGAUCACCGAUGCUGCCAAGGCUGCAAAGGCCUUUGAGUUUACAAACCUUGAUCAAGGCGGAUACUGUGUCCAUCUCACUGAUGAGAGUGGAAACUAUGUCCCAAGUAUUAUCGGAGUCACAAACAAGUUCAACUCUACAGGAUUCUACUGCUUCUCCGUUGAUCCCACAACAACAACUUCACCUGCAAACACUUUCCAUGCCCCAGGAGGCUUCGUCCUGGGUUCUGGAAAGACAGCUCCCAAGUUUAGCCUUCGCGGAUACACCUGGAUCGACGCCAACAAGGAUGGAAUUGAUGCCAAUCAUGAGGUAUACUUGUACAAGAAUGUCCCAGGCCACCUUCUCAAGCUGGACAAGGACACCAAUCCUUGA